AUGUCCGCCGAGGUGAUCACCACCAUCUCCCCAAACACGAAUGAGCCCAUCCUCACGCGAAACGGCCCCUCCGAUACCGACUUCGACCUCCUGCCUAAAAUCGCCACGGAGGCUUUCCACUCGUUUCGCAAGACCUCCCUGGAGUUGCGCAAGGAGAUUGUGAGAAAGGCCCUCUCCUCCCUCGAAGAAAAGAAGGAUGAGCUGGCACGUGAGCUCACUGAGCAAAUGGGCCGGCCCAUCGCCUACACGGCCAAGGAGGUGACGACGGCUGUGAAGCGGGCCGAAUAUCUCCUCAAGGUCAGCGACGAUGCGCUGAAGGAUACGGAGGGUGAGGCCGAGAAGGGGUUCAAGAGGUUUCUUCGCAAAGUGCCGGUUGGUCCGGUCCUUGUCAUUUUUGCUUGGAAUUAUCCCUAUCUGAUCUUGGUGAAUGCCUUGAUUCCCGCUCUCCUUGCCGGGAACUCUGUGAUACUCAAGCCAUCGCCGCAGACGCCUACCGUUGCGGAGCAGAUUACUAGGAUCUUUGCGGACGCAGGGCUUCCGGCGGGAGUCUUGCAGUAUUUCCACUCAGGGUCUCCUUCUACUAUCGAGACCAUUGUAAGAAACCCUCAGAUUAAGCACAUUUGUUUUACGGGGUCAGUGGCUGGGGGUUUGGCGGUGCAAAGGGCCGCCGCGGACCGAAUCGUUAACGUCGGACUGGAGCUGGGCGGCAACGACCCCGCGUACGUUCGAGGAGACGUUGAUGUUGCUUGGGCGGCCGAGGAGAUUGUUGACGGCGCAGUCUUCAACUCGGGCCAGAGCUGUUGCUCUAUCGAGAGAGUUUACGUCGACGCGUCUAUCUACGACCAAUUUGUCGAGGAAGUACAAAAUGUACUGAAGGGAUAUAGGCUGGGCGACCCCUUUGACUCGGCGACGCAUAUCGGGCCAGUCAUUUCGAAGCGAUCAAAGGAGACAAUCGAGGCGCAGGUCAAAGAGGCUUUGGAAAAGGGUGCAACGGACGCUACACCCGAAAAUGACAGCUUUGAAAAUCCACCGGCCGGGGGCAAUUAUGUGAAGCCGAGACUCCUGACUGGCGUCACACAUGAUAUGUUGGCUAUGAAGGAGGAGACCUUUGGCCCGAUCAUUCCUGUCAUGAAGGUGAACGGGGACAGUGAUGCGGUCGAAAAGAUGAAUGAUAGCGAAUUUGGUCUUACCGCGAGUAUCUGGACCAAGGACACCGAAACAGGAUAUCGUCUUGCAGACCAGGUGGAGGCCGGAACAGUGUUCGUCAAUCGCUGUGACUAUCCAAGCCCAGUAAGUCAGAUAAAGAUCUCCACAUCCCUCCCCCACCCCCACAUCUAUUGCCAACUUCCUCUGGAUAUGAUGCGAGCAACGCCCGUCUCCCGACCCUUCUUAUCUUGCGCGCAAUAUGCAUGCUGA